AUGGCCCGCAAAUUCGACCGCAUGCCCGACCUCCCCCAAACCGUCGACGAUCCUAAAGUCGAGGGGCUGAUGGAACAUUACUACUCCCUGUCCAACGCGCCCAACGACGAGGAAGACGGGCACGACAGCUUUACGGACAUGUUCACCGAAGACGCUGAGUACUCUUUUAAUGAUAAGGUUUCUAAAGGUCAUGCUGAAAUCUCAGCAAUGCGCAAAGCCAUGUUCGCCCACGUCCCCCAACGGGACCAUUACCCUACCCAGAUCUUCACGCACGGCCAUGAUCAGAUGCAGUUGAUGGCUAGGGGCAAGGCUAAGCAUGAGCACCAUUCUGGCAAUGAGAAGGACGUUGAGUUCGCUGCGUACUAUCAACUCGUUGAUGUGGAGGGCCAGCUUAAGUUUAAGACGAUUCAUAUUAUUGCUAACGGGCCCGCUCAUGAGUAA